AUGCCGAGUAUCUUCGGAAAGUCUGGCUCCACUGCCGCCCGCGCCAAGACCCGGCACAAGUCGAUCCGGGGCACCAUCUCGGCUCCGAUCCCAAUCCCGAUGACUCCGGACGACAAUGAGUUUCCGAUCCGAAACCCGGGGUCGGCCAAGGCGUCCGUGACGGCCGAUGACGAAUUUCCCAUGCGGACGCCGGGUGCCGGAAUUUCGACCCCCGUGCCACUAACGGAUCGUCCUGGGUCGUCGCCCGAAGAACAGCCCGAGCAGCCCGGGCCGCCUCUGCAUGACGCUGACGAGAAGCCGGACCAGCCACCCGCGGAUCACGAGAGCAGCCUCGGCAGCGCCACCGAGCGUGAGCAAGAGCCAAGGAGCGUCCAGAGCUCCCCCCCAGGUGCCUCACCAUCAAGGGUAACGCUACCCGCGAGGAGGGCAACGAACCCGGCGCUCAACACUGCCCGGUAUUCCGUCGUGAGCGACGCCCCUAGCAAGCAGACCGCCCAGAGCAAGGAUGCGCCUCUGAGGAAAAAAUCAACGCUGCGGUCUGCACUAGGGAGGCUGUUCGGUCGCGGCAGGAAGAAGAAUGGCAGUGGGAGCCAGUCUGUCAGUGUGGGACCAGAACGGGAUUCCGGGCCCCUGGCUUCGGCACAGCAUCGAAGCGAUCCGACCGCGCUCAACCGGCCGAGCCAGAGAUCGCCCAAGCGCUCGGCCUCUCUCCCCCUCAGCGAAUACGACCGACCCCUGCGGUCGCACUCGAUCGGUCCGGAUGAUAUCAUGGCCAUUGAGAGCGCGCGGAACUCGCUGCAUGCCGAGGUCGCCGGGCCCCGGUCUGGCACACCGGCCGGAAGCCGGCGACGCGCUGCUACCACCGGCGGCCACACACUGCUGCGCCCUCAUCUGUAUAACCGCGAAUUCGGCGCUGGCUUAUCACCGCGACCGGCCAGUGCUCAAGGCCGCGCCAGCAGGGCUGCGGGGCGCGACGAACCCGAGGACCCGAAUGAGAUCGGCCGCGCCAUUACGAGCGACAGCGCCGGCGGCCUGCGGCGGCGGUCCCGGAGCCUCUCUGGCCUGCAAGACUUCGCUGGCAUCCAGCGGGGUGGCCGCCGGCGCAGCGACGAAAUACGCUACUGGCGGGAGUCGUACGACCCGGGUUUCAUGUCGCCGCUGUCAUCAAACGCGCAGGAUGAUGUGGACGAUCCUGGCAUGGCGGAUGUCAGCGCUCCCGAGAGUCCGGCGGUCGAGAAGCCGCCCAAGACUCCUCCGCAGCCCUUCAACUUCGGCCUUCUGUCAAAGGAGAUGGUGGGUAUGAAGAUCACUCACGCGGCAAGCAUGGAUAUGCGCCUCGGCAGCCUCGAGUCCCGUACUCUGCAGCUGGAGCGCGUGGUCGACCAGCUGUGCCACGCAGUCCCGGGCUUCAAGGGAUCCGUCGACGCGAAGGAUGCGGCGCAGCCCAGCAGCUCUCGUCGCUCGUUGGAUACUGACACGCAUUCCCAGCUCACCUCGGGUGAUGUCCCGGCCUAUCAGGGAUCCCUCCGCCCACCACCACCUUCAUCCGACAACAAGACUUGGUCUCCGACCACAGACGCGACAAAUCCACCUCGUCCCUUGAACCGCCCUACCUCCACCUCCACGGUCCGCGGGGUUGCGAGCCUGCCCGCGCUAGCCGGACACCGCCGUCCCGACGACGCUCCGCCGCAGUCCGACCUGAUCGCCCAGCUCAGGACCGACCUCGACAACGAGCGCGCGGCGCGCCAGGCGCUCGAGGCGCAGGUCAAGAAGUUGUCGGAGCGCGUCAACACCCUGUCGACCACCAUGUUCGCCAUGGUCCGCGGCCCGUCCGAGUCGCGCUCGCAGGAGCGGCUGGCCUCGUCGCCGCCGUCGUCGCUGUUGCAGCCGCCCAAGGCGUCGCCGCGGCCAGUGCGUCGGGAACAGCAACUCUCCGUCUUUGAGACGGAGGAGGACGACGAGGACGAUGGUGGAAGCGCUCGUGGUGCGCGGGCUAGGAAAGGGGACGCCCCGCCAGUGAAGACGGAGCCGGAGCCGGAGGCUGGCGAGGUCACGGAGGACGACUUCCAGACGCCCAGGGAGGACCGGGUGCCGGUGGUGAGGUACGGGGCCUUUGGCGAGGAGCUGCGGCCCGACGACGACGAUGACGACUAUGAAGAUGACGAUGGCGGCGGCCGCGGGGACGAAGAUGAUCCGAAGCGGAAGAAGGCCGCGCGGACGUUGAGCUUGAGUCAGCUCACGCUCGGCAAGGGCCAGCGCGUGAGGAUAUGA